AUGAUCCUUUCUGUCUACCGCAAGAUUCUCCAACAGCAACCUCAUCUAAUCUAUAUUUGGGAUGAUUUGCUUCCACAUGUGGUCAACAUCAUCAACACCUGGAAGGUUUCGGUUUAUGUCGGUAUUCGCCUUGCUAAACUAGAUGAGCUCCGUGACAUGGCAAUGCAGAUCCGCCUCCGUCGUCAACUCAAACAAGCCAAGGAAACUGCACAGGAAUUUGCUGCCAAGAAUCACCACAUCCAGGAGCUGGCGAUGAACUUCAGCUUCGAGGAUGGGGUGCCAGCCGGGUUCAUCUCUAUAGAGGGGUUGGGGAGCCUAGAGGGGCAGGUUGGGCAUGGUAGGAGGAGAGAGGAGGAGGCGGAGGAGGCGGAGGAGGAUGAGGAGGAGGAGGAGAAUUGGGGAGGGGCCAAAGGGCCGUAUAUUAUUGUAGAAUAG